AUGUUACGUGGGAGAGACCCUUUCUACAUUUACGUAGAAGUACUCAAAGAGAAUACUAAGGGAAAAGCUUCCAAGUUUUUAGUUGAUGAGACCAGAAGGAAAGACAAAAUAAAAUGCAAAUGCCGGUGUGUAGUUGUGUUGGCAUUUAAAGGAAACUGCGCCCUACCAAUUGCAGGCUUCCCCACAGACCACAGUAGCACUGUUUUUUCUUGCAUCGGGAGACUCAAAUUCCAUGAUCCAGAGAGAGACAGAGACAGUUUGCUAUGGGAAGAGAGCCCUGUCCUUGAAGGCCUGAAGCAUCACAAUCCUAGCUCCAAAAUUCAUGUGAAGAAAGAUAGCUCUAAAUUCCUAGAUGUGGAAGUACUUUCAAGUGUAUUCUGCUACAAUAUCCACACUGAGGAAUGGCCUAAUUGUGCACCCCUUAGCGUACCUAGAUAUGAUUUUGCGGGCACUGUCUGUGACAACAAGAUCUAUGUUGCUGGAGGGCACUCCGCGCUGGCUGGUGCCAGGGGCACUGCUGCCGCUGAAGUGUAUGAUCCCCUGACAGAUAAAUGGGCUCCCCUGCCUAACACGAACAGAUUAAGGUGCAAAUCUGUAGGUGUGACGUGGCGAGGGAAAGUCCACGUGGUCGGUGGAUUCGUCCAAUCGUAUUACAUAGAUGGGUGCUCGGCUGAGGUGUACAAUGUACAGAGUGGCAAGUGGGACCUUGUUUCUGGCCAUCUGUUUGGCUCUGGGGAUUGCCUGAGUGCAUGGAAAGGUCAUAUUGAGUUCGACGACGGAAAACUCACUACAUGGAACGUGGUUGAAGGGUCACAACUAAAAAGAUUUCCAUCUCCAGUUUCCACAUAUCUGAAAUAUGGUGGUGAAGAAGACUUCCAACCCAUUCAAGGGCUGUACCUAACUAUGGCACCAACUGGAAGUCAUCUGUAUUUCUUGGCUGGUUAUAAGGUGCCAGGGGAAUCAUCAAGAACAAUUUCAAUGGUCCAUUCAGUUGACACAUCUGCAACAACAGCAACAGCAGAUCAUGCAUGGAGGAGCUUUGAGCCAAUUGAAGAAGAGGGAGUGAGGGAGCUUUGCAGCCAUUGUCCAGCAGUCCAACUAUCAUAG